AUGGAGGGAAGCAGUGGUGGCAGCAGCAAUUAUAAUAACAGUAGAAUUGUAGUUACAACUGAGAGAAAGUCUAUGCAAGGAAUCAAAAUAGAGAAUCCCUUUACUUUCAAAGUACUUCAAGUAUUUACUGGCUUUGGUUUUGGUUGUGGAAUUGGUAUUGGUCAAGGCUUGCUUAUAAAUAUGGGUGCAUUGCCAAUGGUGGGCCAAGUAAUGAGUGCGACUAGAGGUGCAACUGAUGCCUUUUCUGGUGUUACCAGGCAUGUAAAUAGUGCUCUAUGGAAGCUGGGAGCUAAGAACAUUCAAGCAGGCGAGGGAUGUGGAGUUGGUUUUGGCCAUGGCUUUGGAAUCGGCCUUGCAGUGAAACCUUGGGCAGUGCAGAAGAUGCAAGCUUGUCUUCUAGUAGUAUUGACGAAGAUGAUGACAAAACUUGGACUAGCACCCAAUUUAUCAAUUGGUCAAGGUGCCCUUCCGAUGUCUUUGCAAAGUGGCAUGAGCAUGGCAAAUGAAUCUUCAGUCCAAAACCCAUUGGGAAGUAUCGCACAGUUAGCAACAAAAUUCCCAGACCAAACAUCUCAAGGCCUGUACGGAUAUGGAAACGUUAGUUCACAUUCAAGUGAUGAAAGUUCCACAUCAAAAGGCAGUCUGCUUGAUAAUUCUUUUGGUAGCCGAACAGAGAAGGUGAUUAGCAGUUUUCUUCAAAAUCCUAUUCUGAAAGAUGAUGGCACCAACAUAAAUGAAGUGGCUGGACGUUUGCAGUCAGAAAACAACAUGCUUCAAAUGGUGUUGAGACACCAGCAAAUCAUUGAUGAGCUCAUGGAGGAGAAUCAAAAGCUUCGUCAGAUACUAGUGGAGGACUUAAAAGUAUCACCCAACAAGCUCCAAGCCAGUCACUCAACUAGAAAUAAAUCUCCAUGCAGUGAUUGUUUUGAGUGCCGAAGAAGACAGAGAAAAAAGUAG